UCCUCCCUGGAGCCCAGCCCCACCCCCCCUCUUGUCCUGGAAUGGCCAGGCUAUCCUUGCAGCAGCUGUUCCCACACUGGCUGGGGUGGGGGUGGUGCUCACGUGCCCACCCCACCAGCACUUAUAACUGGAAGAGCACUUCUGCAGCUCCCCAGGUGGGGAUGCCUCCUGCCUUUCUCCAGCCCAGGAGGUUCUGGGGAAGCCAAAUACAACAAAGUUAACAGCAGCUGGCCAACUGGAGAGGCACACAGACCCCCAGGGCAAAAGCAGUGAGUACAGGUGGAAGCACAGGGCCUGGCUUGGUGCAGGACCUUCUGUGCUGAGGACACAGCCCAGCGGCCUCCCUGAUUAGAGAAGGCUGGGUCCCCACAGGGCCUUGCAUGGGCAGGGGUCCAGGGAGACUGUUUUCUGCUCCAGACAAGCUGUUGACUGUGAUCCCAAAUCUUCCCAGAGUGCCCUGUAGACAGGCUAGGUGCAGGAAGGGGUGUGGCAGCCCAUGCUGAGUGCAGGGCCAAGGCUGCUGCCGGCUUCCUGGACCACUGGGAGGAGGUGGAAGAAGGUAGAGGUUCAGGAGGAGCUUGGGACGACCGAUACGUGUUACUUGCAACUUUUCUAUUCUAGGCCAUUCCCUGAACUAGUACAGUGUGGUGACCAGAAAAGGCACAGCAAACUCUCCUAUCAUAGGGACACUGAGGUCCAGGUGGCCCCAAGUCCCCUGUGAACAAGGCUGGGUGAGGGGAGGAGGUGGCUCAGGUUUGGGGGCCCCAGUGGCUGAGAGGACAUGGCCCAGGACAGGGCACCCAGAGUACAGGGAGGAGGUGGCCCAGGAGGGGGAACCCAGGAGCUGAGAGCGGGUGGCCCAGGACAGGGCACCUGGGUGAGGGGAGGAGAUGGCCCAGGUUGGGGAGGGGGAAAGACAGAGGUAUGGAAGAGGUGACCCGGGCCAGCAGCUCUUAGGCAGGUUGUGAGCCAGAGGUGCCUGGCACAACGGUGACCUUCAGCUCAGAGUCCAGUUCCCCCAGGCUCAGCUGGCAGUGGAGGUGGGGAAGGAGGGGUCAGGUGUGGUCUUUCCUUCCCAGCCCUGUUGUCCUUGGGGCCCCAGGGCGAUGGAGCCCCAGCCCAUCAUUGCUAACCUUCGGUGGUUCUCUAGGGGUGCCUAUGUCUUCCACUGGGUUCUGCCUCUCAGCGCCAUCCAACCAGCCUUCACCCCUGGGUGGGCAGCUCAACCUGCUAUAUCCUGUUCCUGCACAGCAGCCCACACCGUGGUUCAGGGAGGUGGGGAGCACCUGGGGCUAGCAGGCCAAGGCUCUGUGGAGGGGCACUCCCUGGCUUGACCACAGCCGGGCCCUGUUGGGCAGGACUGUGCCAGGUCACACUCUCUGUCUGGAAGGAGAUAUUCUGUGACAGGGGUGACUGGGGCCUCUGUCCCUAAAGUGGGACAGUUGGAAGAGAGACGAGGGGUGCAGAGCUGGGGUGCUCGGGAAUCUGAAAGCAAGGGCUUGGGGCACACAGUGAGUCCCUGCCCCUCAGGUGAGGACCCAGGAGACCCUGGGGGAUAGGAUGGCCAAAUCAGGGGAGGCCCUGCCCCAUCCAGCACCUGCCCGUCCUUCCAGUGCUAGGGAGGAGCCCUGCCAGGUGGCCCUAAGGAAGGAGGUCUGGAGCCCGCCCUCCAAUGGCCAUUUCCUCCUCUGUUGGUUGGGCAGGGAAUGGCCAGGAUGAGGCUUUGGUACACGGUGUGGCUUCUGCUCACACUGCUGGAUGUCCUAUGGGGUCAGACCCUGAGUCCCCAGCCUGUGCCAUCUCAGAUGCAGAGCUUCCAAGGAGAACAGGUAUGGGGCUCCCAGGCAGCUGACCAAAUGUGGGGAGGGAGGAGCCCAUGCACUCCAGGGGGCACUGCCCAGGGUGUCCAGUCAGGUCAGCCCACUCUACCAGGGCUGGGACCGUGCUCUCAGGACCCCCAGACAAGUCUCCAGCCUCCAACAGAAAAGGACCCUAAACAGAGUUCUUGGGUCUCCCUCCUGGAACCCCUCCCAAUCUCUCUCUAUAUGUGGGGAGGCUCAGGAGGGCCACCCAUGUCAGGGCAGCUCUGGCUCCUGCCAGUGUCACUGGCACAGACCUGGCCCCAGGGCCACUUGAGGAGACCAGGGCUGGAGGGAGGGGGCUCUGGCCCUGCACCGCCUGUCCCCACAGUUCCAGGGAGAGUGGUUUGUCCUUGGGCUGGCAAGCAACACCUUCCAGAAGGAGCACCGGGCCCUCCUGAGCCCCUUCACAACCACUUUCGAGCUGACUCCUGAUGGCCACUUCAAGGUGUCAAACGCCAUGACCCGGUGAGUGGCUGUCCCUGCCGUCCCAAGCAGGUGAGGACCCCAGGCCUGUGUCCCAGUGUCCACAACUCAGGUAUCCCCUGGGCUUUGUGGCCACGUCCUGAGGCCCCUUCUAAUGCUAAGUUCAGCAUUGAUGGCUUUAUGACUGGCUGCCAGUGACCAAACCCAGCUCAGAAGGUAAGCAUUUCCUGGGCUGCAGAUCUGUAUGCCUAGAGCUGAUGGAUUUCAGAUACAGCUGAAUCCAGGAGCACAAACACUAUGCUCAGCCUCCAACCCCAGUUCUGCCUGUCCCACCUGCCUUCUGCUCACAUGGCAGACAGCCCAAGCUGACAGGUCUCAGGUUCCCAGUGAAGCGGGGAGGGGGCAUCUAGGCCAGCCUGGGAACAGCCUCUGAUUGGCUCUUUGUGAGUCACGUGCCCUUCCUGACUGGGUCACUUCAGACAGGAGGGCAGGGGCUCUGAUUGGCUGGGAGAAGUAGGUCCUUGGUGGGCAGCCUGCAGGACUCUUGUGGGGGGCGGUGCAACCCCUUUGGGGGAUACCAAUACCACUACCAGCUUCUUCACUCUUGCCCUGCCCCCACAGGCUCAGCUGCCCUCCUCCAUCACCUGCCUGGCCUGCAGGGGGAGGGGAGGACCAGGUAACCUCACUGCUUAAGAGAUUUUGGUUCCAUGUAGCAUAGUGUCUACAACACACAUGGAGGCUUGGUGGUAUAGUCCCAAAGUAGCUCCUAACAGGAAGGAGAGGGGACAGGUCAGCCUUCAGGAGACUGGGAGCUACACUUGGCCCUCUGCCCCAAGCCCAUGGCAAGCACAGCCACCACCAGCCCUGGAAGUCAUCCAUGCAGACCCGUCACUGAGGAGUCUCCAGUUCCUGGGGAAACCCUGACCCAUCCCAGAGAACACAGGACUGGACCCUUCUCUCCCUACCCCCACCACUGCCCUUGACCCUCCUGGAGGUGCAGUAUGUGACUUGUCCCUCCUAAGGAGCACAGCCCAAGGCCCCUCAGAGGCCUUGACCAUUCUCAUGCUGGUGGCUCUUCUUUGGCCUGAAAAAGAACCCCAAAUCUGGGUGGUGCCUGUGGCUCAGUGAGUAGGGCGCCGGCCCCAUAUACCGAGGGUGGCGGGUUCAAACCCAGCCCUGGCUGAACUGCAACCAAAAAAUAGCCGGGCGUUGUGGCGGGCGCCUGUAGUCCCAGCUGCUCGGGAGGCUGAGGCAGGAGAAUCGCUGAAGCCCAAGAGCUAGAGGUUGCUGUGAGUCCUGUGACAUCAUGGCACUCUACUGAUGGCGGUAAAGUGAGACUCUGUCUCUACAAAAAAAAAAAAAAAGAACCCCAAAUCCACGUCAUGCAAUGAUGAAGAAAGGACAUUUUCUGGAACAAAUCUCUAGUUCCCAGUUUGGGGCCCAUGGUUGAUUAAUGGGGGAGGCCAGGGGACCCAGCAUGAAUGCCGCUCAACCACGAGGGCACCGGAGCAGCCUCCCCAUGCCCGUACCUGCAGGCCAGGCUGCACUUUGUCACUUCUCAAAAAGCACUUCGCCCUGCAAUAGUGGACGCCUUGCUAAGGAAUGGCAGAGUGGGGCUCCCAGGCCUGCUCAAGUCAGCCCGAGGCGGCUGCCUCCAUCCUGUGCCUUCCCUCACUUCCGCUGAGCCAUCAGCCUCAGCCCCUGCAGCACUCAGCAAAGCCCAGGGGCUUGCUGGCCAUGAUGCCCACAGGAUGCACCUUGCAUUCCCAGUGAGGGGCACCCCCAGAAAAAAAUGUCCUUUUUCAUCAUUGCAUGACGUGGAUUUGGGGGUCUUUCUCCCGCCAAAGAGAAGCCACCAGCAUGAGAAUGGUCAAGGCCACUGAGAGGUUGUCUGUGCUCCUUAGGAGGGACAAGUCACAUACUGCCCCUCCAGGAGGGUCAAGGGCAGCUGGGAGGCUGGGGCGAGAAGGGUCCAGUCCUCUGUGUUGUCUGAGAUGGGUCAGGGCCCAAACAGGGCUCCUGGCCACUCCUACUGUGGGUCCCUGUGAAUGGACAGCUGAAUUCCUCCUGGGGGGCGUUCUGGCUGGGCCUGGGCAACUUCCAGAGCCUUCUGCCCCUGCCCAUCACUCUUGCAGGGGCCGGCGCUGCAACACUUGGUCUUAUGUGCUGGUCCCAGCAGCCCAGCCUGGACACUUCAUGGUAGACCACAAUGCAGGGCCAGGGCCCAGCAGAGAGGAGAUCCAGGUGGUGGACAGUGACUACACCCAUUUUGCCUUGCUGCUAUCCCGCAGACAGACGAGCAGCUUGACUGUGGUCAGAGUCAGCCUGCUGGGCAGAAACUGGGCACUGCCCACCGGGACAAUGGACAAAUUCUUUUGCCUGGGCAGGACUCAGGGCCUCUCGGAGAGAAAUGUCGCCUUCCCAGACUUGGCUGGUAACAGGGCAACAGGGCACAGGAUGGGAUGGAGCAUGGGGGACCUAGGUGGUGGAAGAGGGGCCCUGCCCUGGGCCUCGAAAGCCCUAGGUCCCCUGGGGGUUGCUGAGGUCUGGCUGGCUCCGGGUGCCUGUUCUUAGAGCCAGCCUGGGCCAGGCUGGGAGGCCUCAUGGCUUCUUGGUCUCUGCCAUCCUUGACUUUGGGCGACCCCCUCCCCACCUUCCCUGGGGUCCCUGUCUGGGCCUCUUCCUCCCCAGUCCCAUGGGGUCUCUGUCCUGGGCCAUCUCACCUCCCCUGGAGUCCCUUUCUGGGCCACUUCCUCCUCAGUCCCCUGGGGUCCCUCUCCUGGCCACCUCCUCCCCACCUCCCCUGGAGUGCCUGUCCUGGCCACCUCCUCCUUGCACCCUGCCCUGCUCACCAGGAACUUGGCUCACCUCAGGAGGAACUCUAUGCCCUGGGCAGCAGCCCCAGCCCAACCACCAGAACCCCGAAGGCCAGGCCCUCCCCAGGAGAGUUGAGGAUACCCCUAGGCCUUCCUCCUCCUGGAACAUUUCCCACUGUGCUCUCAGGUCUGGGCUCUGGGCUUUACAUGAACACAGUCCCUGUACACAUUCACGUGUGUGCACACAAACAUGUACUGACAAACACAUGCUUGCACACUCAACACACAUGAGCACGUGCGUGUCUGUACACACCUGCACGCACACCUGUAUGCCCACCAUGCUGGGCCACUGGGUCUGCAGUGAGUCUGGGAGCUGGGCAGGGGCUUACUGAGCACCAAGGCAGGCAGCACCCUUGGGGGAAAUCCCUUAGCCCCUUCCCAGUGUCCCCUCCCUUGCUGCAUCUCUACACCAUCCCAUCUCUCCCUUUUCCUGUUCCCCUCUGUCUCCUGCCAGAAUGGCAGCACCAGGUGGGCACCUGUUGAAGGUUGAAGCAGCCCCUGCCUUGCAUGCCUCAUAAGCCCAGAGCCGUCAGCAGGAAUAAACACUCCUUGCCAAGCCCACAGUGUGACCACCCUAACCUUGGGGUGGGCGAGCAGCAGAAACAAGGGCUACUGACCUUGCAGGGCCGCCCUGCUGGUCCCCAGCCCUCAAGCGGCAUUGCACCAUCA